GUUUUUUGCUCAUUGACAAACUUUUUCUCAUCCUGUCUCACACGCAAAGCUUUUUAUCCGGAGAGCGACAGCUAAGCACAAUUACAAGAUUGCGAAUCUAGGCUCGGGCGAGGCCGGCGCAAUCGGGGACUCUGACAGCUUAUCGGAAUCUGCGGUUAAUUAUAACGGCAGAAGUGAUUGGAAUAUGACUAAACUUGAGUAAAAAUAGCAUUACAAAAUAAAUCAGGAAGAUUCCCCGCAUCAAAUAAUUUAUCGAUAUAAAGCUUGAAAACUGAAUCGUGACAGUUCAGAUCGAGAACGACAGAACCACGAACCCUCUACGACAACGACAACGAACCCUCUACGACUACAUCUCGUUUCUAGUCAACGACCACUUGUACUAUUCAACAUGGUGAAAGUAUUUAUUAAGAACUCUUUCCCAAUAUUUAUCGUAAUGCUUGGAUUUUUGUUCCUGUUUAUCGACGACUGUAAUCCAUUGCCUCGCUUUCUGGAAAAAGCUGGGACAAUGAAGAAAGAGGCUAAAACAUACGAUGCACUUGGAUCCAUACUUCUUGACACCGCUAGUAUGAGACUUCAACAGCUAAAACAACAACAACAACACGAACAACAACAACAACAGAGAAGUGAACUUUUUUCCGGAUUUCAUGAAGAUAUCAGUAAUAACGAAAGGCAUAUGACGAGAGUCAAGCGAAGCGUUCAAACCUGCAUUGCCAACGUAACAAUUAACAAGGAGAAAGAUCGUCAACCGUUUAUGAUUCUAGAGAUGACGUGCAAGAGGCAGACAGGAUGUACACCCAUAAAGAGAACACAAAAAGUGAUUAAAUACUUGGGCAAGUACCGAGAAGAGGACGUUUAUAUGAUCGAUACGUAUACAUACAUAGCAAACUGUAUCCUAUCUUCAUAAUUCAUAUACUUGUCUUACUGUCUUAGAGUAGAACGACAGUAAAAUCUCAGAGAUUAUUUUUAAAAUACUAUCGCUAUCAUGUUUGCGGUAUAACUUAUAACUCUUCAAGGUUUAAUAUUUGAGAACAGAGCUUUCCAAAAUUACUAUUUUAGACAUUGUCUUUCUUGUAAUGAAAAUAUAUUUUUGAAAUCAUCAAUUGUUCGUGGACGUGCUCGUUCGCAGUCUUACACUCGUCUUUUUCAAGUGGAAAGUAAUGUCAGAAACUAGUUACGUCAAGCGUUGUGAUUGGUUGAAAAGUUGUUGACUAUUUUUUAAGUUUUUUUAUUUAAGUCUUUAAUUUACGAGGCUAACUUAUGGCCCUCGAAAAACGAGAAGCAAAACUAUGUGACUCCGUACCAUGAGCUUGCUCGAUGAUACGAAAGUUGUAGAAUACAGAACAGAGCGAAUAUUCUUUUCUGACAAUCUUACAUAUAAGUAAUAUACAAGCGAGAAUAAGUCAUGCAUGUAAUCUAUAAUUUCUUAGGACAUUUGUAAGCAAAAAUUUCUAUUGUUAAUUAAUAUAUUAAUAGGUAUUUACAAAUAUUAAUAUUUAAUAUCGUAAGAGAAUUUAUAUCUAUUUUAUACGUAGGAAAAGUUUUAAGCCAUUAUUUAUACCAUACUUUAUUUGAAAGAAUAUGUUAACACAGUUAUAUUCAAUUCCAAAUAUUUUAAUUAUACGAGAGA